AUGGUAGUCCCAGCAUCGCAGCCCAAGAAGAAAUGUGCCGUCCUAGGGGCAACAGGCUCCGUGGGUCAGAGAUUCAUUCUCCUUCUGGCAAACCAUCCCACGCUCCACUUGCAGGCCGUUGGUGCGUCGACGAGAUCGGCUGGCAAAUUGUACAAAGACGCCGUCAGAUGGAAACAAGCGCGCCCGAUGUCGACCGAGCUAGCCAAUCUCGAAGUGAGGGAAUGUAAGGCAAGCAACUUUACGGACUGUGACCUGGCGUUCUCUGGCUUGGAUAGCGAUGUCGCUGGAGAAGUCGAGAUGGAGUUUCUGAAGGCAGAUAUUCCUGUUUUCUCGAACGCAAAGAACUACCGGAGGGAUCCGAUUGUUCCGCUGGUUGUGCCAACAGUCAACCUUUCACAUCUGGCAUUGAUUCCCCACCAGCGGAAGCAUUUUGGUCUCAAAAGAGGAUUUCUGGUCUGCAACUCGAAUUGCGCCGUCAUCGGUAUCGUCAUCCCCUUUGCAGCACUACAAGCAAAGUUCGGACCCGUCGAAGACGUCGAGGUAUUCACCGAGCAAGCAGUGUCUGGCGCUGGCUACCCAGGCGUGGCUAGUAUGGAUAUCAUGGAUAACGUCAUCCCUUACAUUGCGGGAGAAGAGGACAAGCUCGAGACCGAGGCUCAGAAGAUCCUGGGCUCUAUCAAUGCGGAUGCGACUGCGUUUGAAGAACAGUCCGGCCUGACGGUGGGUGCUACAUGUACGAGAGUGGGUGUCACUGAUGGCCACAUGGCCUACGUGUCCCUGCGAUUCAAGCAGAGACCUGCGCCCACUGCUGAACAGGUGAAGGCGGCUCUGAGAGAUUAUGUGGCCGAGGCACAGAAGCUGGGUUGCCCGUCGGCCCCAGAGAAGGCCAUUGUUGUCUUUGACGAGCCAGACAGGCCGCAGCCACGGCUUGACAGGGACAUCUCAGGAGGAUAUGCGGUCAGCGUGGGUAGGGUCCGAGAGGCCGCCAAAGGGUCACACUUCGACAUCAGGUUUGCGGCAUUGAGCCACAAUACCGUCAUUGGAGCCGCUGGUUCUUCGAUUUUGAAUGCCGAGGCCGCGAUCAUCCAGGGGCUGCUAUGA